GUUUAUCGAAAAAAGUUGCCCGCCCUUCAAGCGCCUAACAAAUCCUCUUCAUACUCCGCCACCUUCUCUUGCCUCUUGCACCAGGCCUCUCUGCUUCAGCAUCUUCAGCAUUAUCCUGCAUCGCAACGCAGUCACAUCACUAGGGCACCGAGUAUAGAUUUACUAUGACCGACGGCUCGUCGCAGUCCUUGUCGCAGCUUAUCUUCCAGUCCAUGUUCAUACCUUAAGCGCCCCCGCCCGCUGUUGCCUGAGAGACGCCACCAUUCCCAGCAACCAGCACACACGACCACGACCGUCACGAACCACAUCAAUGCGACCGUUUACCCCCACGACGAAGGCCUUUUCUGGUCCCAUCUCCAAGGCCUCGACGCCGGUCCGGUCGAUUUUGAAGCCCGCCUCGGUCCUGGGCAGGAGGAAGGCCGACUAUGCUGGGCUCAGCGACUCGCUUGAUGCGCCCGAGACCCCCAGCAAGCGACGCAAGGUCUUCUUUGACGACAUCCGAAACGUGACCUACGAGGUUGGCAAGAGGACGAUGAAUGAUGUAAAGUUGGAAGUCAGGACUGCUCUCGAGGAGCACCUGCGAGGAAAUGAUGGCCAGUACGAUACUCUCAAGGAGCUGUUUGCCAGCGAUAAGCAGCGCUACCUCCCUCCUGUUGUUGGCGAAGAGGAUGACACCCUGAAGCCCCAUGAGCUUCAGGUCUAUGUCAUGGCCCUCACCGGAUGCAUCCCCAUCCUUAAGGACAAGGCCUGUAACGGACUAGUCAAGACCAUUCUGAAGUGCUCCUGGUUGGGGCGAGAUGAUGCCUUUGUCAAGGUCUUUACCCACUUCCUGGCCGCCCUGGUCAGCGCUCAGGGUUCCUAUCUAUCCCCCGUCCUGGGCAUGAUGGUAGAGAAAUUCUCCGACACCCGAACCUCUGUCUGGUGUGUACCAGACUUUCCGGAGGUCAACCGCGAAACCAUGCGGGACAGGCUGCACUCCACCCUCCAGUACCUCCUCCAAAUGUUCCCAUCCGCCAUCCCAGUAUUGGAAAACCUUCUCGGCUCAAAAUUCCCCUUCCCCGACGAGUCGAUGCGUGUCCACAUGGCAUAUAUCCACAAUCUGCUGCGCAUCAAGAACUAUGUCCCAGUCUUGCGCGACGAAGUCCUCGACCUCAUCAUCAACCGGGUUGUCAAGAUCGAUUCCCAGAUGCAGGUCGACCUGGAAGACUUGGACGACGACGUGACGGCGGCUGUCAUGUACGCCUUGCGGGAUCAUUCGCGCGAUGUGGAGUGGGAAGACGAUGCGGACGAUGUUAGCGACACAGAGUCAGUGGACAGCGACGAUCCCGACUUUGAUGAGGAUGCGGCCAGAAUCAAGUCCAUCAAGGGCAGCGUCGAGAAGAUGGAUGCCGCACUGGACACGCUCUUCCAGGUCUACACCCCACACUUUGCGAAUCCCGGAUCCGAUGCCGCUUUCGAUACGUUUACGAUUCUCCUCCGCGAGUUUGACCACAUGGUGUUGCCCACCUACAAGUCGAGGCACACACAAUUCCUCAUCUUCCACUUUGCUCAGAUGCACGAGCGACUGACGGAUGCGUUCUGCGGUCAGCUCAUUGCGACUGCUUUCCAGGGCAACACACCAAAUGUCCUAAAGCAGGCGGCGGCGGCGUACCUGGCCAGUUUCGUCGCCCGAGGAGCGCAUCUUCCGGGACACCUGGUCCGAAGCAUCUUCUCACUGCUCAUCCACCACCUUGAGCAGUACCGCAAGAAGUACGAGCCGUUGUGCCGAGGGCCGGACCUCAAGCGGUUCCACCCUUACUACAGCCUUGUUCAGGCAACACUGUACAUCUUCUGUUUCCGCUGGCAAGACCUGAUCGUGGGCGCGCCGGAGGAUGUGGACCCGGAGGAUGCCUCGUCUUACAUUGGCCAAGAAGUCGACUGGGUUGGAACUUCGAGAAAAGACUUAUCAGUCCAGAUCUUUGGCAAGCUGAACCCGUUGAAGGUGUGCGCGCCAGUGAUUGUUGAGGAAUUUGCGAAGCUUGCGCAUCGUCUUAACUUUAUGUACGUUUACCCGCUGGUGGAGGGAAACAAGCGGAUUCGCCUGACGCAGUUUCUAUCGUCGACGUAUUCGACGGGUGGAGCUCUCCGAGAUGCUGGCUAUGAGUCGCAGGAUGAGAGCUUCCACCAGUUGGAUCCAUACUUCCCAUUCGACCCUUACCAAUUGCCGGUCAGUAAGCGGUGGUUAGAGAACGAUUACGUCAAUUGGAAGGCUGUGCAAGGCCUCAAUGCCGAAGAUGAGGACGACAGCGACGACUUGGAUGAUCUGGAUGACAUGGACGAGGCGGAUCUGAUUGAGGGGACUGCUACAGACAGCGAUGGCGACGACUACGAGUAGAAUGAGGCCAGCGCAUGGUCAUGUAAUGUUUUCUUAGCGAGGCGUUGGGAGGGGGGGGGGAUCUGCAUUUACAAUUUUUUUUUGACAUUUUUAUGGGAUACGUACAGGCUCAUGGUAGAGAGACCGAGGAGUUAAUCUCGGAAAUAAAAGCCAAGAAUGUUUUGAACCA